CUCUCUCUCAAUCUAUACACACAGCGGGCGCCAGAAGUGUCACAUCACUGUCCAAACGCGGCCAUCAUUCUGGUGGGCACUGACGAGCAUCUGAAGCCCAGUAUCAUAAACCUGACCUCACAGGCGGUCACCUACUCGGAGGGAAUGGCGGCCGCCCGAGGGAUGGGUGCCUACAUAUACGUAGAGUGUUCGGCAGUGACCGGCGAUGGCGUUAAGGAGGUGUUCGAUGCGGCCGUCUGUGCCGUACUUUGGCCAAAGUCAACGCCCCGGCAGUCAAAGCGUACGUGCAUUCUGUCAUAA